UGAACCAGGAUUUUUGCAGGCUAAGCGACUACAAGGCCUGACAUAAAGGCGCCUUCAAUUCCCAUCCACAUCCUCCUUCUCAUUAACACAUACAUCCAACAACUUAACAAUCAACUCUACACAACUCAACUCUACAAUCUCACCAACACACAAUAAAUUCUCAUAACCACCACCUUAACACAGAGAAAAUAAUAUCCUCUUUCAAAAUGUCUGAAGGUACCGCCACUACCAUCAAGCUCGUCAGCAACGACAAUGUUGAAGUCACUGUUGAGAGAUCUGUUGCUGAGCGCUCCAUGUUGAUCAAGAACAUGUUGGAUGAUCUUGGAGAUGGUGUUCUCGAGACUCCUGUCCCAAUCCCUAACGUCAAUGAAGCUGUUCUCCGCAAGGUCAUCGAGUGGGCUGACCACCACAAGCACGACCCUGCCCCAACUGCCGAUGACGAUUCUGAUAGUCGCAAGAAGACUACUGAUAUUGAGGAAUGGGACCAAAAGUUUAUGCAAGUCGAUCAAGAGAUGUUGUUCGAGAUCAUCCUUGCUGCCAACUACCUUGACAUCAAGGCUCUUCUCGACGUCGGAUGCAAGACUGUCGCAAACAUGAUCAAGGGAAAGUCUCCAGAGGAAAUCCGAAAGACAUUCAACAUCACCAAUGACUUCACUCCUGAGGAAGAGGAGCAAAUCCGCCGCGAGAACGAGUGGGCUGAGGAUCGUUAAGAAUACAUCUUAGCAAAAUAAUGACCACGAAUUACCGUAUGAUACCAUCACGAAUUGGGGGUUGUUCAUAAAUGUGGGGUGAUGGUUAGCUUCAGUAGCAUGGGGGGAGUUCUCUGAUUGUUUCUGAUUACCAACCGAAAGUCCAGGUUCAUACACUUUCAUGGCGUGGGGGGUCUAUUUCCUAGUUUUUUCUUCAUUAGGGUUUACAGUGUGUAUGUACACACAUCGGGUGGGCGUUUUAUGAGGAUACUGAAGUGUAGACGGAGGAUGUCAAUAAAGGAUAUUACAUAGACAGUCUACACUCAACCAUACAGGUAUCACACAAUUGCACUGGUUUUCAAUAUUAUA